GCUGUGCCCAGCGGGGGAAUUCCCGCCGUUCCUUCCCGGCUCCCUCAGGCGGCGGGUGUAAAAUGGCGCCGCGGCGGCGGGCCGGGCCGCCCCCAUGGCCGUCGCUGGCCGUGGCGGCGGGGCUGGUGGGGCUGCUGAGCGCGGCUCUGGCUCUCGGCGGUGACAGCACGCCCUUCCCCUGGCAGGGGGUGAGACUCCCCAAGGAUGUUGUCCCACUGCGUUACCACCUCGUCAUCCAUCCCAACCUCACCACCCUGACCUUCGCCGGCAGCGCCGCCAUCGAGGUUACAGUCACCUGGCAGACCAGCGCGGUAGUCCUGCACAGCAAGCACCUGAGGAUCGCCAGGGCCACCGUCGAGGCUGGCCACGGCCGCCCGGCGCAGGAGGCGCGGGUGGUGGAGCAGCAGGCCCUGGAGCAGGUGGCACUCCUCACCGCUGAGCCCCUGCGGGCUGGGCACAACUACACCCUCCGCAUCCAGUACCGGGCAAAUCUCUCCGAGUCCUUCCAUGGCUUUUAUAAAAGCACCUACAGGACCCGGGAAGGAGAACUCAGAGUGCUUGCAGCAACACAGUUUGAGCCGACAGCUGCGCGAAUGGCCUUCCCAUGUUUUGAUGAACCAGCCUUCAAAGCCAGGUUCUCAAUUAAGAUCAGGAGGGAACCAAAGCACCUUGCGCUGUCCAAUAUGCCAAUUGUGAAGUCUGUGAAUCUAACUCCCUGGCUUGUUGAGGACCAUUUUGAUACCACUGUCAAGAUGAGUACGUACCUCGUGGCCUUUAUCGUUUCGGACUUUAAAUCCGUCAGCAAAAUAACCAGUCGCGGAGUUAAGAUUUCUGUGUAUACGGUGCCAGACAAGAUCAAGCAAGCUGAUUACGCGUUGGAUGCUGCGGUGAAACUUUUAGACUUCUAUGAGGAUUACUUCAGCAUUCCAUAUCCUUUACCGAAACAAGAUUUAGCAGCUCUUCCUGAUUUUCAGUCUGGUGCUAUGGAAAACUGGGGAUUGACCACAUACCGGGAAUCCGCACUGUUGUAUGACCCUGAAAAGUCCUCGGCGUCUUCUAAACUUCAGAUUACUAUGAUAAUAGCCCAUGAGCUGGCUCAUCAGUGGUUUGGCAACCUUGUUACCAUGGAGUGGUGGAAUGACCUGUGGUUAAAUGAAGGGUUUGCGAAGUUUAUGGAGUUCGUCUCAGUCAGCGUUACCCAUCCAGAACUGAGAGUUGAAGACUAUUUCUUACGGAGAUGUUUUGAUGCCAUGGCAGUGGAUGCCUUAAAUUCCUCACACGCUAUAUCUACUUCUGUGGAAGAUCCAGCUCAAAUUUUAGAAAUGUUUGAUAGCGUUUCCUAUGAGAAGGGAUCUUGCGUAUUAAAUAUGCUGAGGGACUACCUGACUGCUGAUGUGUUUAAAGCUGGACUUGUCCAGUACCUGCAGAAAUACAGCUAUCAGAAUACAAAAAAUGAAGAUUUGUGGAACAGCAUGACAAAUAUUUGCCCUACAAUAGGUAACGAUAAAAAUGGACUACCAGGUGAUGGUUUUUGCAGAAGCAGCCAACAGUCAUCUUCAAGUGCACACUGGACUAACAGAGAACCUCCUGACGUGAGGGCAAUGAUGGACACCUGGACGCUGCAAAAAGGCUUUCCCCUGGUAACUGUCACAGUGAGAGGGAAGAACGUCCACCUGCAGCAGGAGCGCUACGUGAAGGGAGUAGACGCUGCCUUGUCCACAGGGUACUCGUGGCACGUUCCUCUAACCUACAUUACCAGUAAAUCUGACACGGUGGAGAGAUUUUUGAUGACAACUAAAGCAGAUGUCAUUAUCCUCCCGGAAGAGGUGGAGUGGGUUAAAUUCAACGUGGACAUGAAUGGGUAUUACAUUGUGCACUACGAAGAUGACGGAUGGGAUCGCCUGAUUAACCUUUUGAAAGAGAACCACACAGCAAUUAGCAGCAACGACAGAGCCAGUCUGGUUAACAACGUAUUCCAGCUCGUGAGCGUAAACAAAUUGUCGAUUUCCAAAGCUUUUGAUUUGAGUUUGUACCUGAAACACGAAAGACAAAUCAUGCCUGUACUCCAGGGUAUGAGCGAGCUGAUUCCUAUAUACAGGCUCGUGGAGAGGAGGGAUACGGAUGGUACAGAGAAACAGUUAAAGGAGUAUAUAGUCAAUCUGUUUAAAGACCUGAUUGACGAGCAGUCUUGGAGCGAUGAAGGCUCAGUGUCUGAGAGAUUUCUUAGGCGCUCGCUGCUGCUGUUCGCCUGCGUGCACAGGUACCAGCCGUGCGUGGACAAAGCCAAAGGAUAUUUUACAGAAUGGCAGAAAUCCAACGGGACCUUGAGCUUGCCAGCAGAUGUGAAGGCAGCAGUGUAUGCUGUCGGAGCGCAAACAUCCGAAGGCUGGGAUUUCCUGCUCAGUAAAUACAGACUGCACUCCUUCAGCGUGGAGAGAGACGACAUCGAAUGGGCUCUCAGCCUCAGCAGAAGUAAGGACAAGCUUCAGUGGUUAAUGGAUCAAGGUCUGCGUGGUGACAUCGUAAGAACUCAGGAUCUUCCACAUAUUAUUGUAUUUGUUUCCAAAAACCCAUCCGGCUAUCAUCUGGCUUGGACGUUUUUGAAAGCAAAUUGGGAGAAAUUCGUAGAAAAAUUUGAACUCGGUUCGAAUUCCAUAGCCACCAUCGUCACUGGAGUGACAAGUCGGUACUCUACAAGGUCACAGCUUGCACAGGGAGAAAAAACCGGUAGGUCUGUUCACUGAUUGUACAGAAGACAAAUGCUGAAGGCCAGUGAGAAAUACACCGCUGUUCUGUAUCCUCUAUUCUGGGGAAAAUUCUCCGCGCUCCUGGGUGUCACAGAGGAUAAUGAUUUUGUCGACUUAAUCCACAGUCCCUGUCGAUGGUAAAAAACCCAGACUGGCCCACGUGCAGAUAUAAUGGCAUUCCUGACAAUGCCUUUUCAGAAGCUGCAAUUUUUGUUGCCAGUUUAGACUUUUCUGCUUUACGGCAAAACACAGGCCUAAGUAAUGCAACCAUAUUAAAUAUAAAAGGAGAGAAUAUAGAAUACGGUCUUCAGUCUUCAUUUUAAAUCUGAGCGGACUCUCCCGGUCUGUCACUAGCAGCCUCUUGGCCAGUGGCAGGGGCUGCAGGGACAUUUCCGUGUCCUACCCAGAAAUGGGGCUGUGUCUCCCUGGGGAUCCGUGGGACUCAGGCACGAGUCUCUGAAUCCAGGCAAAGUCGCUCUGAGGCUGAGGGAGAAAAUCCAGCAGCUCCCUUCCUUGUAUCCUAUUUGUGUCUCUGUGGUACUUUGUACAAGUAUUUGCGUCUUGUAUCACACUCAUCAAGGUAAAUUAUCAGAAAAUGAUGUCUUUAAUUUGUACAGCAUGUACAGUCACUGUAUCUUUUAAAAGCGUCUGCCAUUAAGGCCAGCUCAAGCCUGAGCCUUGUGAUCAGGACUGCCUCCUUGGGGAAAAAAACAAGAGAAAAAAAAAAAGAAAAAAGUGAAAGAGGCAGCUGCCAAUACUUGCAGCAGCCGCGGGGAAUGCAGUGAAUUCAAGGAGCAGAAGCAGCCUCCAGGUUUCCAGUGGCUGCCUUCCCAAGUGCUUCAAGGAUGAGAGCAGCGGCUUCCCCAAGCACUGGAGGAGGUUGGAGGGGGUUUUUUUAGCAAAAUGAAAGGAGGUGCAGACGUCCCUGUGUAGGGAAAACUUCCGGAAGUGCUUUGCCAUCAACACUUACGCUUCUGCUGCGCCUCCAAAUGGUCUGGAGCUGCCGGCAGGCAAAGGUCAGUGGCUCUCCUUGAGCCACUCUAGUAACAGCCGCACGGUCUCUUGUCUGUCCCACACCGUUGUCCCGCCCGUACCAGCAGGAGCACCCGGCCGAGCUUCGGGGGAAGGUGUGUUCGGGAGCAGAGCAGCCACCGGGCAGAGCAGGGGACGCUCAGUCUCCCCGGUGACGUCUGCGCUGAAACACUGCAGCUGCCACGGCUGAAACGGCCACACGGGUUUAUUGAACGAGCAGGAACCAGACGACAGCUCCCGCAGCUGCGUUUUUUUAUGGUCGAAUUCGA